AUGCAGUAUCCAGAGAACGCAAGUCUAUUUUUGAUAUCGAGCAUUCCGGCCACGUUUUCGGCCGCGGAUCUCAGAAGGAUAUUCUCUCAGUAUGUUGAAGCCGGCGCUUUUGUGUGCUUUCACUACCGCCGGAGGCCCCAAUCACAGGAGCUAGAUGAUGUUGUUAUUAAGCGCGAUCCGAUUUCUCUGUUGCGCAGCCUCCGUACGAAGCGCAGGAAGUGCUCCAGCUGUUGUGGGCUUUUUCUCUUGAAGGAGGAAUUUUCUGACAGUAUCCAAGCGCGACUGGAGGAACUGUGGACAACAGAUGAAGUGGCUUCGGCUACCUGUAGACUGGCCAGAAUACAGCUGGGAGACUUUUCAAUACUUCAGAGUAUGUCUCUAGCUUUAUUAACGUAAUGUACUAUCUACUGCCUGAAAAAAGUAACCUUUUUGAGCGGACUCACUUUUAGCCUCUCCUUGUAUGCAUGCACAUAGUGGCGAUCGUACUGAUAAACGGGUUACACUACUAUAAUAUUAACGGGAAGGGAAACUGAUGACUGCUGUCUGUCUCUCUGUUCGAAAUAACUUAUCGCCUGUAGUGAGUAGGCAUUAUGAUUAGACAGAAUUGUUUGCUUGCACUUGUAUCGGUCGCUGUCAUUGUAGAUUUAGACGUAUUAAAGACCAUCUUCAGUCUAUGCGUUACAUGCGCACUGGUGUGAUGUCACUUCUCAAGUGACUACAUAGUGAUUUAUUCCUGCCACCGACAAUUGAUUCGAAACAGUAUUCUCUCCCUCCGCCUUUACGUUGUUUUUUUGCUGCCAGAGCGCAGCUAACGAAUUCUGGAUAAGCGAAUCAAGGACAGCCUUCAUAUCUAAUUGGUCAUCCGAUACAGCACUUAGACUGGUCCGCCUUAGGGGACAAAGAUGCCGAGCGCCGGCGCAUCGGUGUUUUCACCUUCCCUGGAAACGUCCAGAUUUUGAUGACAGUCGUGAAAUUUUCUGAAUUGGAGAAGCAUAAACACCCUGGUUGUUAAUCCGUCUUCUUUACCCUAACGUAGGAAUAAUGGCAAAUGCUCGUCUUGAUUUAGAUACCUCGCCAAGUAUGCCACAUAACCCUUCUUUUGGGACAGGGUUCUGUCUUUGAAUUUGGGUUCUGACGAGAGCGGUGCUGCUACUUCAAAUAGUCGGAUAUCCGGAACUGCCAUGACUCUCAAACGCCGCACCGAAACUCCACAUUCAAGUGGUCAUCCUUGUUCGCAGAAGGCGAUAUUGUCGUCAGAACAUGUUUUUGUCCUUAAUGCGUUAUAUAUAUAUAUAUACUAAGUUUCGGUGCUUUUGCAUCAUAAUUUCUCCGAUCCCGUUGACUUAACUAUUUUCGCAGGUAGCCCUGAUGGGACCUGCCGAACUAGUGGUUGGCGGGCUGCAGGGCCUUCGUUAGACGCUCAGUGUUUGUUGAAGAAGGGAAUGCUUAUGACAACAAAGGCCUAGCUGCCCGUCGUAUGCUAUCCAUUUAAUCCUUGCUCUGCAGAUAUCGAAUCAUACAUCUUAUCUCUGACGAUGGACCCUUGAACAAAUUCGAAGACUCUGACAAAUAAACAAAUGGUCCCGGUCCUUGAAUUCGAACAUCCACCUCCAUACCAUAUGUUCGCAGCUUUUAUAACAGUCGGUCACUUGUGCUGUGGUCUAACUUUGUUCACUUUCUCCAAAUGGGCAUUACACCCAGUAUGAUCGUACUACUAGUCUGUCAAACGAGCUACAUGCUUACUGUGGAGUAGUGUAUCUCCUGCCUACAGCCUCUACCUGAAGCCCAGGUGCCAUCUGAAUGUUCUAUUCUUCAUUUCCACAGGCCCUGGUAAUUGAUUCAGGUUCUUGCUUUCAUGUUCUAUGAUUUAGAAUUCAUUGAAUUCCGACCACCCCACUGGAUGCCGCAAGGCAACGUUGGCACCAGUUCGACAGUCUUCUUUGACCAGAUCCGCAGCUGUCGCCUUAGUCCCGAUGUUAUCAGGAAACUCCAUCUUACUUUCCCGCGGUCGUUGCGAAACCGUCGGUACGGAGCGGUCCCUCUGGAGUACUCCUCGCUCAGUGAUCACGACUCGGGUUCCGUUCCGUCACCUGAUUCCUCUCCCACGCCACAGUUAGCCAGAAUCAGUGAGGUAAGUUCCUUCAAUCGUGCCUCCCUCUCCCGGCUUCUUAACAUUCAUCUUACCAUGAGUCUGUCUAUUUUAUUCACUCCAGUCUCAACCCAAACAACUCAGGAUUUCCUUUUCGGAUCCAGUGCCUUCUGAUGACCUGCCCGAGGAGUGGGACCGAUUCGAGGCCCUGCACGAUGAUCCUUAUAAUGUGGAUCGAACUGCCAAUAAGAACCUCAAAUACGAGAACAAAAUUGAACUGAAGUGGGAGAAAGGCGGUCCGGGAGUGGUGUUUUAUACGGACGAGUUUGCCUGGCGUCAGGCCGACAGUCUGCGCAAGGAGGAGUUCUUCGAUGAGCCGGCGUCCUUCGACUGGGACAUUGACAUGCAGCACUACGAGGAUGGCGGCGGCGGCGACAGCAGUCUGUUCUCUUGUCGCCCCCAGCCUGGUGGCGUCGACCUGGACUCCUACCAGUUGAUGGAAAUGCAGGGCGUUGAAGCGGAUGCAAGUUCUGCUGAAUCCAAUCGACACCCCCACAGCAGUAGGCCAAGUCACGGAAAGGUGAGUUGCUUCACACUAGAGGAUUGACCACGCGUCCCGAGUAUCCCUUUUUCUACUCACGAGUAUUAGUCGUUCGCUCGACGGCAACACCAAACCAAAAUCAGUCACCUAGAAGUUCCACCUCUGGAUAGGUCUACUGGUGCGCUUUUAUUCUGGAAGUCCGUGAUCACCGUGGCCUGACGCAAGCAAAAGUAUGAAUUCAUAAUUCUCGAACUGGGGGUGCCGGUGCGAGAACUGCGGUAAUCGGUAGACGGUGUAACUAACUAGCACGAAUGAGCAAAGGGAAUUUGGCGUCAGGUGACCAGUUCGCUGCUCUAAAGUAGGAUACCGUAUGCACAUAGAAAGCGAAAACGACGGCCCAGUUUCGGAAGCUAGCCACACUAUCGUAACUUCCCCGUCACAAGAACAUCACUGGUAAGAUCCUUACCGAAUGUGGCUAUUCCCCCGUCGUGGUUAAAUUCGUGUUGUUGAAGUACCUCUACCUACAGUCAGUGGCCGAUCUCAUGAACUGUUGCCAGAAAUGCACAAAUGCGUUUUCGAUAAGGAAGGAUAUCUAAAGUGAGGUUGUAAUAUUGGUUAUCAUGUGGCAUAAUCCCACAAUAAUUCAGACAUGUUAGGAUUUCCGUUUUUAGAUGCACUUUUCGGUCGCCUGCAAAAACCGAACUAGGUAAAAAAGACUGCUUAAGUUGUUUACGCUUAUUUUCUAAGGAUUUUAGGUGGUUUUAUAAAUUCGAAUGUCAAAUUGGCGAACACGUGUUUUCAGUAACUUUUCAUCAGGCCAAAACGGUUACAUAUAAGUUUAAGUUAUGCGAAUUAAACGACUUAUAAGUGAUUCGGGGACAAUUAACGUCCAUCGUUCCCAGGCCACCCGCAUGACGAGGCGUGCUAUGGCGUGGUCGGCGUGUCGUGGUCAUUGGGUUAAGGGGGCGAGGGGGGGGGCGUAGGCUGUGAGUACGUCGGGUACCUUGUGCACACACCCUGCCAUCGGGAGGUUGGGGCGACGUUGGGGUCGGCGUUGGCCACGGAAGACAGAGCGCCUGUGUCAGAGUCGCCUGACAGCAUAACACUGGAUUGGCUAGCCGCAUAGCCACUGCCUCGGCUGUAGCUAGCACCCGUUGGCGUAGGCCUCUGGAGAAGCUUGCUGGUGUCCGGUAGGCAAUCUGAAAGGCUUCUUUGGCAUGGACUCGGCGAUUCGUAUCGACAAGAUGUGCGAGAAUAGAACUCGAGAUCGAUUUCUUCUCACCUUUGCCUAGCAAGGCCGGUAUGUGUUCACGUACUCUCUUUUCCAAGCGCCUCGUUGUACGGCCAAUGUAUCCCUCUCCACAGGGGCAAGUGAAUGAAUAAAUACACAUCGAUGUGGCCUGCAACGGGAGUCAGUCUUUACCUCCCAAGCAUAGCAGGGGAGAAUUAGUGAAACGUACACGUCAGUUCGCAGCGGUAAAGCGCUAGUGAUCGCUGUCUUCAGACGUCUCCUUACUAGGUCACUUGCUGCGUCCCCUUGAAAAGGCAGUCUAAUAAAUAAGUCCUUUUCUGCAGUUGCCAUCGUAGGCUUUGCAGUGCGCUCCCCUAUAUUUCGGCGGAUAAAUCUUUCUGGGUAUCCGUUUUUGUGGAGUGUAUCCCGCAGCUGCUGGAGUUCUGCCUCCACAGUCUCAGGAGGGCAGAUACGUCGCACUCUAGCUGCCAAUUCCUGGACCAAAUUGCGUUUACUAUUUAGGGGAACAAAACUGAAAAUUAAUGUAUUGUCCCGUCCAGGUUUUCUUUCGGAAUACCCUACGUUGGAUAAACCCAUCCUCUUGUCUGUGCAGAAGAACGUCGAGGAACGCGAUUUGAUUGUCUGCCUCAAACUCUGCAGAGGACGUUAGCGAGGAGUGUGAAUUGUUGAAUUUUUGAAUCAGGGUGUCUGUGUCGGUGGUAACAUCCGUCAGGCAGAAAAUAUCGUCCACGUACCGACUGUAGAAGCUGAGGUCAUUAAUGGUGUCUUGUAAACUUGUCCUCUCGAUCUUGCCCAAGAAGACAUUUGCGAGGAAUGGGCCGAGCGGUGAGCCCAUCGCUACGCCGUCUAUUUGCCUGUACAGUUGACCAUUGCAGAGAAACUGGACGUUUUGCAUACACCGUGUCAGUAGUUCUUCUAGCGUCUCCAACGGCAUGCCUGACGGGUAGUUCGUUCGAAUGUAUCUUAUAGAAAAUAUGGACAAAAUAUUCCUCUUUGCGCUAAAUUGAUGUCCAAUCACGUCAUCUUCAAUUGCUGUGCUUUAGGAAAAGGGGUCUUUCAGUUUUCGAACAGAUUCUAACUGUGAGACCUUUUUAGAUCAUGCAAUGCCCGUUCAGAUAGCAUCGUACCUGUCCGUUUAUUACUGUUCCUCAUGAAGUAUGCAACUUAGUUCAGAUUAAUUGCGAAAUCUUACGAGCCCUAUAUGACAUCUUUUUAAUAACAUAGAUGAAUGCUUGAUUUCGCCUACACGGAAUGUGUACAGCUCAUAGACUGAAGACCAUAAGCGCAAAUGCAAUGGCAGACGGGUUUAAAUUUUUUUAAGGAUCGAAGCACGUUUUUAAAGCCAAGAAUACAUAUUCCCUUUAAUUAUAAAAUUUCAAAAACAGAAUUUUUACCAGAUGAGUACGAGAGUGACUAUUUCUGUCAACCCGUACCGUAACAUCACACCUUGUUCUCCUUUAUCCUAGUAAUCUCAAAACACGCGUUUUAACGUUUAGCAACUUACCUCACAUACGCACAUAAAUGACAAUACAUCUUCUCUUGACAUGUGACAGGAAUUUUCCCAAAGACUCAUGUGGAAAUACGGCUGGCGUCCUGGAUCGCGCCUUGGCUCUGCUAGCAACAGCAUGAAGGGCGCACAGGCACGGGGUCUAUUGCACCCCUUGACCGCGGAGGGUGCACUGCCGCCAAACACACGUACUGGUCUCGGAUUCCGCAAUCCCAGACGGCUGACCCGUUUCCCUAUCUCGAAACAUGAUUCCAACAGUCACCGCGUCUACAUCCGGUCGGUGUUCGACUCAGACGAGGUGGUCGCUACACGCAGCGGCAGCCGCCUCACAUCCUACAAUUCCCUUCUGCGUCCUGAUCCGGAACUGGAGGUGAAAUACCGCCCAGACUGGCGGCCUCCAAACGCCACCGAUAGCACUGACCAGGCUCCAGCGACGAGCCGUACGCCGAUCAUCCGCACACCACAUUCAGUGCUCGGAUUGGAGGGUGUGCGGUUUACGCACGGUGGGACUUUACACCCUUCGAGCUCUUUGCCUCCAAAGAGCGGAUGA